UAAAGACAGCAACCAAUUCGAUGCGAGAUUAAAUGCAAACGCAAGUCAUCCGAGAGUGACUUUGAAAAAAUGCAUCUCCUUUCGCCUUUACUCUUUAACAACAACGCGGCUGGAAAUUAUCAUGUGGCGCGAUUUAUAAAAGAUAUUGCGCGUUAAUCGCGCGAUUGCACACGAUGCAUUCUCCAUCUUCGGAAAAUUUUCAAUUUGCCCGACAUCCUUGUGACAUAUGAUCAUGGAAGAUUGGACGUACAGGGGUGAUACUCCUCGAGGAGAAAGCUACCGUUAUUAUCAGACCACAGAAUUUGUAUCGAGCCAUUAAGAAGCGACAGCGAUGAUUUAUGAAAAUCGACGGACACGCUAAUUGCCUGUCGAUAUAAUUUAUCAGAUGGUGUUUUUAUAUCCGCGCAGGCGCACAGGUUGUUGCUUUGUGCGCGAGGAAGCGGGCUGAAAUAAUUUCGUCAGUUGUAACGAAACAUGCGGCGGCUGUUUAAUCACGAUACGACAUAAUGAGGCAGAUUCGAUGCUUGUUCCUGAGGGUGGUCGGGGCAAUGGUGGUCGGCGCGGCUGUCUGCAGUCGUAUUCCCGGAUUGGCGAAAAGCCAACGCGAGCAGUGCAGAAAAGCGCCGCACGCCAUGCCAGCGGUGGGCGAGGGCGCCGCACUGGGUCUGCGCGAGUGCCGGCACCAGUUCCGACAUCACCGUUGGAACUGUUCCCACGUGUCCAACGAUCAGGUCUUCGGCCACGUGGUGGUAGUGGGUAGCAGGGAGGCGGCUUUCACGUACGCGAUAAGCUCGGCCGGUGUCACAUAUGCGGUUACCGCAGCUUGUAGCCGCGGCAAUAUCACCGCCUGCGGUUGCGAACCUGCUGUAAGGACGAGAAAAGAAUUACCGCCGAACGGCUGGGAGUGGGGUGGUUGCAGCGCCGACGUCACGUACGGGAUGAGGUUCGCGCGUAGGUUUCUGGACGCGAGAGAGAUCGAAGGAGACGCUCGGAGCUUGAUGAAUCUUCACAACAACAAAGCCGGAAGAAAGAUCGUUAAGGCUCAUCUGCAAACGGAGUGUAAAUGUCACGGUGUGUCCGGAUCGUGCACCGUGAGAACGUGUUGGCGAACGCUGCCGAGUUUUCGCCAGAUCGGCGAUGCGCUCAUGAAGAAGUACUACAGGGCUAGACCUGUCAUCGCCGUUACACCGCCACCUCCGUCCACGGAUCAGACGUUGGACGCGAUGUCGCAUUCCGUGUCGCCGGAAAUGGUACCAAUAUUGGGCAACGACGCCAAGACUCAAGGCAAGCCGAAUGAUUUCGUCAAAUCCCGGCACGAGUCCUCAUCGAAGAAGUCCAGCAAGUCGCGAAAGCCGCACUUGGUCCUGAAAAGAACGAAAGUUAGCGGUGGUCCGGGUAAAGGGCUGAAGAGGAUUCCGAAGAGGAGCGAGCUGGUCUAUUUGCAACCCUCGCCCAACUACUGCGAGCCGGAUUUGGCGCAGGGUAGUCUUGGCACACAGGGCAGAUAUUGCAAUCGUACUAGCAAAGGAACCGAUGGAUGUGAUUUAAUGUGCUGCGGUCGUGGUUACAACACGCACCAAUUCACGAGAACGUGGCAGUGCAGAUGCAAGUUUCACUGGUGCUGCCGCGUAUACUGCGAGACUUGCACCGAACGUACCGAGGAAUACACUUGCAAAUAACGCUAUUACCGACGUACGAUGUGUACAUAUCUACGAGAGAAUACAUCUUUACCGAUGAAUAAAGUCUAUCUUCGAGAGAGCGGGAGAAACGACACGCGAGAAAUAUGUCGAUCUCAUAUAUAUAUAUAUAUGUCAUUAUAUAAAAACGAAGCCAUAUAACCGAAAAAUACAUAUAUAAUAAUUAUGUAUCGAAUAAUGUUUUUAUUGUUUGAUUCGAUCGGGAUUGAUUUUGUCAAACCCUUAGCAGAAUUCCGGGCCCGUAAUUAUUAAAAUUUUAGACAAAAAAAAUAAAACUUAAUCUCAAUAAUUUAGAUAUCGAAUUCUCACAUCCUAUAGAGUUUCAUACCCAUUUGUUAUUUUCUAUUUGUGCCGUUUAUAUUUAUAUAUAUUUUAGGCCUCGAUGCUUCGUAUAUAUUGACACGAUCACGCUAUAGUAAAUAAAUAUAUUUAACACUAUAUUCGCUGUACAUCGAUAUGCGGAUACGAUUCAACAAGGAUACAUAGUUUAUAAGUAGUUUACGAAUAUGUUCUUUUAAAAUUGUAGCGUAAAAGUAAUAGAUAAUUGUUCUCUCUGAAUCAAUAUUAAAACGCAAAUCUCCUUCCUCUCCCCCUCACAGUAUCUUUAUAAGCUUUCAAAAUAUAUACUUUAUAUAGGAAUAUAUUUCGUAAAUUAUUAUUUAUUAAAAUCACACACACGAUAUAUAAAUUAUAUUCGUGUAAGUAAUAUGUUUGUCUGUUCGCUGGUAAAUAAAGUAUAUAAGCGUUUUCACGUCCAUGUAUCGCGUGAUAUUAUCUUUUUUUUUUACCUGUUUACCUAAUGUUUCUCGCUCGACGAAUGUUGUUUAUUUUGUUAACAGAUUAUUAUAGCUCUUUCAUUUAAAAAAAUAUACUCAGUGUGUAUCGAUGCUGUGUGCAAAGUCACUGGAAAUUAUGCUUCCAAACAAAAGGAGAUACGAAUCUUGUAGAGUCGUUCCUCGUGAAGUCGUCUCUGUUCGCUGAGCGCAGAAUGCAUUCUGGUGUUGUUACGCAAGAGUCAUUAUCGGCAAAUCUGACCGUUGAUGCCGCUGUCCAAGUCCCAACGAAUCCAUCCGUCGACGCUGCUGUCCAGAUCC